AAAGAAAAAACAAAAAAGGAAAAAGAAAAAGACCUGGCUCUUCUCGUCCCUCGUUCUUCUGUUUUGUGCGCUGCUGGAUCCAUCUCCUCUGUGAAGCGACUGCUCCGUGGGCUGUGAACUCAGCUUCGAUCGAUCGAUCACCCUCGCGUCUCCGUUGUAGAUAGAUUGAAAGCGAGGUGAACAGUAAUCAAAUCAAUUUUUGAGGAUACCACAUGUCGGCGCUCUUCAAUUUUCACUCAUUCCUAACGGUAGUGCUGUUGGGAAUAUGCACGUGUACUUAUGUAAAGAUGCAUUUUCCAGCUAUUCUGGAGCAAAGAACUGGAUUCCGCGGUUUCUUUUGGAAAGCGGCUAGAAUAGGUGAGCGCUUAAGUCCAUGGAUGGCCAUAGGAUGCUUUACAAUGGGCGUAUCAAUAAUCUUUUUCUGACAAUACUAGCCUUUCCUGCACAUUCCGGGAUGUAUUUUCUAAUACGGAACCGAAAAAUGGAACGUGAAAAAUGUAUUUCAAUAUAGCUUCCUUUGCGAUCAACUAUUGCCGUGUGGGAACUCAGUCAUUACCGUUGGGAUAUUCUCCAGUUUGUUGUAUCGUGCCAAUGAUGCGUUGAACUUAGACAUCAGCUAGUUGAA